AUGUGCACGGCUGAAGCAACUGCAUCUCUGCUCCAAGUGGAAGAAACCUUCUUGGCAUGCCUGGCACGGAUAGAUGCCCUCAUCCUCAAGCCUCUGCUCCAGGCAGACCCUAGUGACCAGAAAGGAAAGGAGAACUUUAAGCUCCUCCUCCUCCUGAAUGAUCGAUUUCAAGCUCUCUGGAACCUCACAGAAGAAAAUUACCGGAUACUGAAACAAAAACGCAGCACCUCUGAGUCAUUCUGCAUCCAGGACAUUUAUGCUGUCUGGAAAGGAGACCUGUUUCUAAGCCUCUACAUCCAAUAUUUCGUCACUUUUGCAAACUACGUUGUAGUCCACGGCUUUGAACAUGCCACAAAGAGCAAAAGUGAAGCCUGGAAGCACCAUAAGACAGUGCUGAAACAAUUCCUCACAGGCUUCACCUCCGAGACCUCCAUGUCACUGGCCUUAUACACUGUUCUUCACAAACCUCUCCGGGAUCACAUCGACCAAUAUAUACUGCUCCUUACCAAGAUGAAUGAGGUUCUCAAAGAGGGCUCUGAAAAGGACGUGGUUACCAGCGCCAUCAAGGAAUACGUGAAGCUGGAGUCUUUCAUCCGCCAAGUCCUGGAUGAAGCUUGUUUUACCAAGUCCUUAUGGGAAUCCUUGGGCUGCAAAUUCACAGACAUGCUCUGUGUACCUGAAAGGAGGCUGCUGGAAGAUAGCAAAAAUCUUCACAUCUCUGCCAGCACGAAUCGAUCGGACCGGAUCUUGCUCUUCGAUGAUGUCCUUGUGCUAAUUCAGGGAAACAGCUUUCAGAGUUUUGAUCUGAAGCUUGUGUGGGUAGAUGAAAACUGCAGCGAGAAAUCGGCUCCAGGACUGUAUGGACUCCGCAUUAUAACCCCAGAAGAAACGUUCUUUCUCUCUGCCAAAGACCUGCAGAUAAAGGCUGUUUGGCAGUGGAAGCUGAACCAGGCUGUCCGCCAGGCACUGAACGGGAAGCGAGAUUUCCCAUUGUGGGGCCAGACUGGUGAAGGCAGCGAGCCCCCAUCCUGCCGCUUCUUCACCUACGUCUUCAGGCUGGAGGGCAAGUUCAAGAGCGCAUCCUACGAGGGCGAGUGGCACGGGGGAAAGCCACAUGGCAAGGGGACACUGAAGUGGCGCGAUGGACGCAACCAUGUUGGAGAUUUCAAAGAGGGCUUGGAGCAUGGGUUUGGAAUAUGCCUCGUCCCACGCCGAUCUCAAGACCGGUAUGACUGCUAUAAGUGCCACUGGUACGAGGGCAAGAUGAGAGGCUAUGGAAUCUGUGAGUAUGGGAACGAUAUGGUCUACAAAGGUUACUUUAAAGAAAAUGUGCGUCAAGGGUUUGGGAUACUGGAGAACCUCUCAGCUGAGAAUCCAUUUAAAUACACAGGACAGUGGGAAAAUGACAAGAAGAAUGGAUAUGGAGUCUGGGAAGACAAAGAUAGAGGGGAGAGAUACAUAGGGACAUGGCUCAAUGAUCACAAACAUGGACAAGGCAUUGUAGUAACCCAGUCGGGCGUCUGCUAUCAAAGAACGUUUCAUGCUGAUAAAAUGGUGGGUUCUGGGAUUCUGCUCUUGGAAGAUGACUCUGUCUACGAAGGGAACUUCACGGAAGAUCUAACGUUUGUUGGAAAGGGAAAGCUGUCAUUUGCUAAUGGCUUCGUUUUGGAGGGAACCUUUACUAACAAAUUGGGCCAAGGCCUUCAGACGCACGGCAUCCUGAACACAUCAAACGAGCAGCUGGAUGACAGGAUAACCAAAGCUCAGCUGGGCCUCGAGGAGUUCCCAGUAGAGAAGAGAUGGAAGGGAAUCUAUGACCAGUUCCUGGAGUUCAUCCAUUCUGGCUGCAAAGAAGAAACGGAGGAGUCUUUCACGGGGUUCCACAUACAAACGAGCAAGGAGCUGCGGAAAUCUCAGGAGUACCUCUUCUGCCAAAGGGGGGCUGAGGAUGUAUCCUGGAAGAUAGAAGAUAUUCUUGAAGAGCUUGUCCAGCACCAGGGGCUGGAGUCACUACAGAGUUAUUUAGAGAAGGCACUGAAGUCUUCCCUGCACCCACUGGGAAAGCUGCUGAAGGCCUUGACGAUAGCUUUUCAGGCAACAUAUUCUGGGAUUGGGGCCAACAGACACUUGCUGACUAUGGCACAAGAGGAAGUCAAGUACUACGCAAAGAAAAUAUGGGAGUUUUACCAGGGUUUGCUCCAUCUGGCACUGGAACAGAAAGGCCAACUGCCCGCAAAGUGUGUAGAUGGAGAGACAAGUGACCAGAAGGCAUGCAGUGUGGUCCUGCCGCUGAUCUUGCCUUGCUUCUACCCCGAGCUUUUCAUGCUCUACAUGCUCUAUCACGAAAGAGAAGAUGACCUCUACUGCCAAGGGAUCGUGGACCUAAGUCUAUUUCCUGACAUCAAGCUGCUAGAGUUUCUGGAUGUGCAGAAACACCUCUGGCCUCUGAAAGAUCUCACCCUGACAACCAACCAGAGGCGGUCCCUUAUCAAAGACAAGUGUUUCCUGUCCGCCACAGAGUGUUUGCAGAAGCUGAUCACCACGGUGGACCCCCGGGAAAAACUGGUGAUCCUCCAGAAGACGUAUGAGGAGAUAGAGAGCACAGUGUCCCGGGUGGUGGAGAAGGACUACAAGCUCCCCAUGGAUGACCUGUUGCCCCUACUGAUGUAUGUUGUAUCCCGAGCAAAUUGUGACUUUCUUCCCCCCCCCCCCCCCCCCCACAAUGCUGAAAUCCAUCUGAUCAGAGACUUGAUGGACCCCACCAAUCAAGGAGGACUGUACGACUUUCUGUUAACAGCACUGGAGUCAUGCUACGAACACAUACAGAGAAUGAGACUCCACCAAAGAGAGAACUGCCCCGUGACUCACAGCUCCUGAGCCCGAGGACCCGAAGGGAGCCUCCUCCCUGCUGCACUUUCUUGACCGAACACUUGGAUGAAGAAGCAAGUCUCUGCUGUCCUGGCUGCCUUUAAAAAGGGAAGAACGGAUAUUUAUCAGAUGAGGGUUUCUUCCUGGGUUUUCUCUUGGACUAGCUACGAUCGUAAAGCACCGACGUACGGACGCUGUGGGCUAAAAGCCUUCAAUACACAACCUCGGCUCGUGUUUGGGAACCUCUUUGCGGAAAGUGGCCGAGGCUUCUUUUGCCCUGUAGUUUUAUUUCACUUUCCUGCAAACAGCAAUUUGCCUUGAAACCUCGUUUAACCGUUCUCUCAGAUGCUGUGUUUGUUUUGCACUGGUAAACUGACGUAAGGGAGAAGAGGUUAUUUUAUAGAAAGCAGGCAAAUGAAACCACAAGACCUGUUUCGGUGGGACUAUUUCUGGUUGGCAGAAACGUGGCAUGGAGGUGGCCUCUCCUGUCCAUGCUCCUGAACAACCUGUUCCUGGAGUGAGGUGGCUUUUCCUGUGUCAUCCUAAGAGGAAGGUUUUUCCAUUCCUCUUCCUACCUAUGCCAAACUCAGUACCUCUCCGUUGCAUUGUAAAGCUGCUACCGACUAACUUCCUCGUUUUACAAUACUUACAAGCGUGUAUUUAUGCUCUGCAGACUCCUGUUAAAUCUCAGGGAUAUCACACUUGCACCUUCAACAUGCUAGUGCUGCUUUGUAAUUCUGCAGGGGUUCGCGUGUGCCUAAUAGAAAGGACAUACCUUGUCCUGGGGUGAGAAAUCUCAAAUCCUGGUGAGACAAAACAUAAACCCACCUGGCUUUCUGCACUGACAGAGCUGCAAAACCACUGUUUUGUCUAGGUGCACAGCUUCGUGCUGACAGAUCACCCACUGACGCCAGUGGGGUACAAAUCAGACUAGAAUUGGGCUGGGUUUUACGCUGCCUUUAUAAAAGGCAAAUGGAUAUUUGGUAUCCUGUUCCUAUCAGACAAAAAUACUAAUGUCUGA